AUGGAGAAAUUCUUUGGUAGGCCGGAUGUGUUUUCCUCUUCUAAGCAAGCAAUCACUUUGAAUUUUGCUGGUGAUUUUGUCACGGCAGUUCAUGCUUCUUUUGAUCUGGUGGCAAGGAGAAGACUUUGGCGGCAAUUGGGGCUAGGUUUUAUAUCUAUUCCUUGGUUGGUGUUGGGGGAUUUUAAUUGCGUUUUGCGCUUGGAUGAGAAGAAUGGUGGUAGGACGAUUAAAGAAAUUUAUAUGAAUGAGUUUGGAAGUUGGAUCUCCGAUAAUGGUUUGGUUGAAGCUGAUGUUAUUGGGGAAAAGUAUACCUGGUCCAAUUGCCGGAGUGGGUUUCAACUAAUUGUUUCUAAACAUGAUAGAGCGAUUGUUAAUGAAGCUUGGCCAAGUCGAGUGCCUUUCAUAAUUCAAAAGAUGUGGUUUUCACACCCUACUUUUAUUGAAUUGGUAGAAGAAAAUUGGAACAUCCCUCUCCAGGUUGUGAAGGUUGCGGAUGCUAAAAAGGAUGUUGAUCAGGUGCGUAUGAAGUUGGCAGUUAUGAUUAAGUUGAAUUUGAGAGUUACUUGGUUGGAGGAUGGUGAUCAAAACACUCGAUUUUUCCAUAAUAGCAUUCGCAUGAGGAGGAUCCAAAAUACCAUCUCUGAAUUGAAGAUUUCUACUAACACUACUUUGUUUUUGCAAGAUGAGAUUAUUGAUUACAUAGUUAAUCAUUAUCAAGCAAAAUUUAACGGUGGUGAAGUUGAUAUUGAUCCAAGGCUGUUCGAACUUGAUAGCAUUUCACCGGCUGAAAGCGCUUUUAUGGAUGUUAUACCGUCUUUGGAGGAAGUGAAGGAAGUUGUGUUUGACUUAGGUGCGGAUUCGGCACCUGGCCCUGAUAUCUUUACAGUUAAGUCUGCAAAGGCUGCUAUUAAGGCGCCAGCUGAAGUUCUGCCUAUUGCAACUUUGUUCACUAGGAAGGUUGUGCAUUCUACUUUGAGUGUGCAAUAUUGGAAGAUAUGGGCAAAGCAAUGUUUAGCAACUGAAGAUAACAUUAUUAAGAAGACUGGUGAGAGCAUGCCUACUAUGUGUCGUCUGUGCAGGAAGAAUGGUGAGACGAUGAGUCAUAUCCUUUGGCAUUGCAGAAUUGCUAAGCGGAUUUGGGCUUGGGCGGCGGAAAAUUUUAAACUUCAACCAAACGAAGAUCUUGUGGCCUCUUAUUAG